AUGGCAAAGGACACCGCAAAGAAGAAUAUGCGUAGCAAUGAGUCGCGGAUGUAUGUCUUCACAUUGCUUACAUUGGCUGUAAAUAUAUUAUCCAUUAUUUUCACGAUGUACUUUCGUGGAGGUUUGCCGAGUUUUGGUGAUCUUGUGGGUUUAGGUUUCUGGGCCGGACAAGAAUAUGUGGCACUUUCUCUCUUAAAACGAUUUGCCAAACCUGUAUACAGCUCCACUGGAGAUUUAUUAGAGUGUCCAGAUGUGUCUAAUCCACAGGAGUUGGGUGUAUACUCCUUUGCACAGGAUGUACUUUGGGUGUGUUGGGUGGUGCAGUUACUCUGUUAUCUCUUUCAUUGGGCCUUUGUGGUCUUUUACUUGCCUGUUCCCGCCACGGCUAUUUAUAAAGUGUGGCAGUUUGUUGGACCGCUGUUAAUGCAGCGAUUUAAUCCCGGGGCUUCUUCUAAUGGAGAUGCGGGGGCUGAUGGAAUGCCAAUGAGUCGAGCGGAACGACGUCGACAAGAGUUGCUGCAGCGCAAGAAGAAACAUACUGCUUGA